CGGCGGCUCCGCGGGGCUCCGCGCGCGCGCGCGGGGGGCGACACCGGCCGACCCAGGAGGAGGAGGACGGGGCUGGUCGCCCGGUUCGCCGCUUUUCCUUGCCGGGGACGUACACUCUCGUUCAUGCACGAGCGCGCUUUUCGUGGUGGUUUUUUUUUUUCUUCUUCCUCUUCUCCCGGAGAUUUUUCUGAUCGUUACUAUUUUAAUUUUUUUGCCUUAUUUUUUUUUUUUCCUGAGGGGUUUUCGCUCGCUACCUCACGGCUGCUCAAUCCUACCUGCACAAACUCCUGACCGCCGAUCCCUGCCGCCGCCACCACGCGUCCCGGAGCCGGGGUUCUCGGGGCUCCGGGGGGCGCGCCACCCGCCCCCUCCCCCGCGGCCGCGCACGCCGGCCGUGCCCAGCGCUCAGAGACUCUCCUGAAACGCCGCGGGCUAGGCGAAAAAGCACUUGUGAACUGGACCAGCUGCUUCGGGGAGGGGGGACACCCGAGGUGGUGAGGACAAAAAGCAGACCGACACCCCCCCCCCCCCCCUCCAAAAAGCAACCAAACAAAAAAAAAGACAAAAAAAUAAGGGCCCCAAACACCCCAAGGAAACAAACAAACAAACAAAAAAAUCCCAACAACAAAGCAAACUUGGACGGGCGGCUGGCGGCAGUGCUUUUGCAGAAACUCUUGUGUGACCGCGGGCGGCCCCGCCGCCGCUUCGAGGGGCAGAGGACCGCGGCGCCGGAGAGGAGGCGCCGGUGUGGAAGUACAAGUGGUGCGGGGAGCAGGGGCGCGGGCGCGGGGGGCUGCGCGGCCCCGGUGCCGCUGUGAGAAGUUGCGCGCCCUGCCCCGCGCCGGAGCGGCGCUGAGCCCCGGCGCCGAGCCCCCCGCCGCCGCCGCGAUGGUGCAGCAGACCAACACGGCGGAGAACACGGAGGCGCUGCUGGCCGGCGAGACCUCCGACUCCGGGGCCGGCAUCGAGCUGGGCAUCGCGUCGUCCCCCACGCCGGGCUCCACCGCCUCCACGGGGGGCAAGGCGGACGACCCGAGCUGGUGCAAGACGCCCAGCGGGCACAUCAAGCGGCCCAUGAACGCCUUCAUGGUGUGGUCGCAGAUCGAGCGACGGAAGAUCAUGGAGCAGUCCCCCGACAUGCACAACGCCGAGAUCUCCAAGCGCCUGGGCAAGCGCUGGAAGCUGCUCAAGGACAGCGACAAGAUCCCCUUCAUCCGGGAGGCGGAGCGGCUGCGCCUCAAGCACAUGGCGGACUACCCCGACUACAAGUACCGGCCCAGGAAAAAGGUGAAGUCGGGCAACAGCUCCGCCAAGCCCGGCGACAAGGCGGACAAGGGCGGCGGGGGCGGCGCCGGCGGGGGCAACGCGGGCGGCGGCCCCGGUGGCCCGGCGGCCGCGGCCAAGCCCGCCCCGAAGAAGGGCGGCGGCGGCGGCGGCUCCAAGCCCUCCCCCGCGGGCGGCGGGGGCGCGGGCGGCAAGCCGCACGGCAAGGCGGCGGCGGCGGGGGGCAAGGCGGCCCCCUUCCCCGGGGAGCCGCCGGCCGCCCUGCUGCCGCCCGAGCACCAGGCGCUCUACAAGCCCCGGGGGGCGGCGGGCGCGCCCGGGGGCGCCGGCAAACCGCUGGCCGAGAAGAAGCUGAAGCGGGUUUACAUCUUCGGGAGCGGGCAGGCGGCCGCAGCCUCCUCCGCCUCCCCCGGUGGGGCCGUGCCCGGCAGCCCCACGCUGAGCAGCUCGGCGGAGGCCGGCGACCCCCUGAGCCUGUACGAGGAGGGAGGAGGCGGGGCGGGCCGGCCCGACGGGGACUGCGGCGGUACCGGCUGCCCCUCGCCCGCCGGCUCCGGCUCGCCCUCGGAUCACCGCAGUUACACCAGCCUGCGCGCCUCCUCCCCGGCCCCCUCCACGGCGCAUUCCUCCUCCGCGUCCUCUCACUCCUCCUCCUCUUCCUCCUCCGGCUCCUCUUCGUCGGACGACGAGUUUGAGGACGACCUCUUGGACCUGAACCCCAGCCCCGGUUUUGAGAGCAUGUCCCUGGGCAGCUUCAGCUCCUCGGUGCUCGACCGGGACCUGGAUUUUAACUUCGAGCCCGGCUCGGGCUCGCACUUUGAAUUCCCGGACUACUGCACGCCAGAGGUAAGUGAGAUGAUCUCGGGGGACUGGCUGGAGUCCAGCAUUUCCAACCUGGUUUUCACUUACUGAGGCGAGAGCCGGGCUCUGCAGGAGGAGGCACAGCCGCGCGUGGGCGGCAGGACUCGCCCCCCACACCCCCCCUUUCCCCACGCCGGGGUGCUUUGGUUUCUCUCUUUUUUUUCCCCCCUUUUAUUGGUGGUGUUUUAUUUCUUUAUCAUUUUUUUCCUGGGAAAAAGGGGCUGGUGAGACUGCUUCUUGUACCGGGGGCGAGCGGCGGCGGGAGAGGGAUCGCCCUCUCCUUGCCAAAAGGCCAGCAGCAGUCCCCUUCCUCCGCCUGGAGACGGACCCGCACACGCCCCCUCUCCGAGAGACGAGUCUGGCGUUGCUUUUGCAGAGACUGCCUUUUUUCCUUUUGUUCUUAUUUUUUUUUUCCUCGUAUUUCCUGAAAAAGAGAGACGGAAGGGAGAGGGGGGAGAAAAACAAAACCACACACACCUCUGGGUUCUUUGUUAUUGCCCACUUGAUACGAAUAAAGAGGAGGGGGAG